GAUUGCACAUGCGUGUUUUCGUAUUCUGGAAAUUUCUAUGGUUGGGUGUUGGUUGUAGGGAUAGAUGAGGAGCAGUAAUUGUAUAUUACUUCAGACUUUAUAUUAAAAAAAACUUGGUGACUUUCAACGGCUCCUUUAAGUCAUGGUGAAGAAGAAUACGGUUCCUGAUGGGUGGCGAGGCAUUAUACCAGUUGGGAAACGUAUACCAAGAACUAGAUUUGUUGCUUUCAAAGUUCCUUUGAAAGGGGCUAUAAGCCAAAGGCUUACAGCUAAUCAAAAGUUUUCUCCAAAAGACCUAAUAGCCAAGAUCAAAGAACAGAAUGAGGAACUUGGAUUAAUUAUUGACUUGACGUAUACGACUCGCUAUUACACUGAGAAGGAUUUGCCCAAAAGUGUACAAUAUCAAAAACUCUACACUGUUGGACAUGAAGUGCCAGACGAUGCUACCAUUCUGCAGUUUAAACGGAGAGUCAGGAAGUUCUUGUGGGAAAAUGCAGAUAAUGAUAAAAUCAUUGGAGUUCACUGUACUGGCGGAAUUAAUAGAACGGGAUAUCUUAUCUGUAGGUACCUUAUUGAUGUAGAAGAAGUGGACCCUGAGACAUCAAUUGAACUUUUCAAUACUGCUCGUGGCCACAAAAUGGAUGGAAGCAUAUAUUUGACUGACCUUCGAAGUGGACCAAUGAGAAGUAAUUUAGGAAUUGACGUGUUUGAUGCAGAACCAGAACCAGAACCAGAACCAGAAAUACUGGAGCCUUUCCCUUCAUAUUCUUAUAAAGGACCACAUGGCCCGAGACCACUGCUUGAUGAUUUUCCAGAACCAGAUUCACGACGUGGACCAUCAUAUGGAGCUCUACCUCUUUCAGCUAGAGAUUUUGAUGCUCCCCCUUAUAAUAGGUGGCAUGACAGGCCUCGACCUCUUCCUCCUCCUCUUCCUCCACCUCCACCUUCACUUCUCUAUGGUGAACACAGACCACUUUCCCGGUUCGAUGACUUUGCUCCAGAGGAUUACGAUGGACGUUCCAGGUUCAACCAUUUCAGUGAACAUCGAGCAAUACGUAGUUCGGAAGAAAAUUCCCGCCUGCAUAGUAGAUAUGCACCCUAUUCUACAAGACUACCAGCACCUCAAGAUCGCUUCAGGGAUGAGUUUGAAAGGAAACCUUAUUCUUUUUCAAGCAGAAGAGAAUUAGAACCACAGAGCUCUGCCCCAUAUACUAUUUUUACCCGUGAUUACAAUCAUGGCCAGCCACCAGAGCGUGGUCCCAGUCUGAGUAAACUCGGGGGUGGUUGUUAUGAUAAUUUUGAUGGUUUUCGUGAAUAUGAUUGGAACUAAAUUACUAACUUUAAUGUGUAUUUUUUUUAUUUUGGGGAUGAUAAGCGCUUGUAUUUUUCAUAGAAGUUUCCUUUUCCAAAAUUGAAUAUUGAAGGACCAUGACCCUUCCCUCACUUCUUGCCUUUUAAUAUUUCUGUUGACUUAGAAUGGUGCAGUUGUAAAGAAAACUGUUAGUUAUUACACCAUAAACAUUUGUUUAAGUUUUUUUUUAUAUAAAUUACUAUGAAUAUAUGCUUUUUGUCUUGGUUCCUGGUUUUUUUGAAAGUGAAUUUCUGAGCACAACAGAUUGUAGAUAACUUUUUUAAAUAAAAUUAGAGACCUUUAAGUGUAACAAAUUGUGAAUUGCACACAUCGCCUCAAAUUGAAUUUAUCACCACAGUGGUUUGAUUUUUAUUUAUGGUCUCCAUGUGUUCAGAAAGGGAAAAUACGUUAUGGAAGUACAAACUUAUUUCUUUAUACAAAAAAGCUAAGUUCCACGAUGCACCAUACCAACUAAAACAUGCAAUUCAAUGAGAUAGUCCUGUUUGUACCUGCUGAGCUCUUAGCAGCAUAUUCAGUCACGUAGUACUAAAAAUAAAUGUUCCUUUACUUUAAAAUAAA